CUCCCCCGCAAAUGGCGCCUGUCUUCCCCCACACAAAACGGCAGCCCGGCUAUCUGGUGUGUUGCCGACUCUGUUCAUUUAUUUCUUCAACCGCAGACAAAAUCACGCCAAUUUCUUUUUGCAUUUUAAAUACUAAAACAAAUCUGCUCUAAAAUAAAGAAUCUCCUCUUACGCUUCCAUCAUCUUCCACACAUACAACGCGUCAAUCAUGGCGGACAAACUCACCACCCAACCACCGGCGACGCCCUUCUACAAGCUCUCCUAUCCCGCGCCUCAUAUCCUGCUCGUCACGAUUGAUCGUGAGCGCAACAUGAACGCUAUUCCCAUCUCUGGCCACUGGGAUGGCGAGCGUCUAUGGCACUGGUUCGAUGAAGAGCCUGAGCUGCGCGUGGCGAUUGUCACCGGCGCAGGAUCCAAGGCAUUCUGCGCAGGCGCAGAUCUCAAAGAACAAGCCGAAAAGAACCAAAACCCCGGCAGCAUAGAAUCACUACCAUUUCCUGUCGGUGGAUUCAUGGGCCUGACACGCCGCGUGGGCAAGAAGCCUGUCAUUGCGGCCGUCAACGGCUUUGCGCUGGGUGGCGGUUUUGAAAUUGCUCUCAACUGUGACAUGGUAGUUGCCUCGCCCAAGGCAACCUUUGGUCUGCCUGAAGUCAAGCGUGGCCUGUUCGCCGCAGCAGGCGGCAUCCCGCGCGUGGUUCGCAUCUUUGGCAUGCAAAAGGCUGGUGAGAUUGCCAUGGCCGGCCACGUCUUGAGUGCCGAAGAGGCCGCGAGCCAUGGAUUCGCACGCGUGGCCAAGAGCCCAGAGACGCUUAUCGACGAAGCUGUCGCCCUGGCCUCUGCGGUAGCAGACAUGUCGCCAGACGCCAUUAUUGUGACGCGGCACGGGCUCCGCGAGACGUGGGAGACGGCUAGUGUGGAGCGCGUGGCGCAGCUGAACCAGGAGCGAUAUGGAAAGGCGCUGAUGCAGGGCGAUAAUUUGCGGAUUGGUCUUAUGGCGUUUGUCAUGAAGGAGAAGCCGGAGUGGGUGCCAUCCAAGCUGUAAACCUACUAUUACCGUACUUUUGUUUAUAUCGGGGAGAUGGAAGGAUAAGAGGAGAGCAGGUGGAUCAGCAGCAUAUCACAUAUUCACUUUGUAUUGCUAUUCAGAUAUAGCAGAGCAGGCAUGGUAAUCCAAAAAUUUGUAUAAAUGUCGUAUGUAGUAGGAAAGAAAGGGACAACAACAAUAACUAUUAGGUGAUCCAGCAACUAAUAAACAAGCGAAUUCCCGCGGACCCGGGCCAUUCGAUAAAUAAAUAAAAACCGAGAAAAUAAAAAGGAGUGUAAUGCAAGAACAAAAAGGUGAUGCGUUGGAAUACCCGUAUCCCAACAGCCAUCACCAACUGAUACAAUGUACCACGAACACCGAAAACACCGGGACCCAAAAAGACAAAAAUGCAGCAAAAAAAACUCCGAAAGCACCGCCGAUGCAGAAUGAACAGAAAACAAAAAUAUAGACAGAACGAAAACAAAACAAAAAUACCAAACACGCGCCUUGCAACACCGAAAACGCCUAGCAAUGCAUGUAUAUGUGUAUGUGUAAUAUAGAUCUUUAUAUCUCCUUGGGAGGCAGGAUAAAGCGGACCUUCUUCUUCAGUUGAGGAACAGUAUUGUCCUUCUUAAUAACGACAGGGUUGCCACCAAGGGGAGACUGGAUGGCUCCGUCAUCACGAAGGAGCUGGUCCUCAGUCUCCUCCUUGAUGGACCAGACGUCAGGGCUGGGCGAGCGCCAGAGAUGACCCUGGCGAGCACGAGCCGACGAGCUUCUAUAGAGACCACGGCGAGCAGAAGAACUGCGGCGAGGACUAGGAGCAGGGAAGGAAGCGGGAGUGAGGUAGCCGUCGCUGUCGACGGGGUAGAAGACGGGGCUGCGAGAGCGGACGCCAGAGUUGUAGAGCGUCUGCUCGGGCUGCAGGAAGAGGUUGAGCGUGGAUGGCGAGAAGCGGAUAUAGUCUUCGUUGUCGUCGUCAUCGGAGGUGAAGUCAUCCGAGUCAAAGUCGGGAGACGGGGAUCGGGGUCCGCGGCGAAGGCCCUCGAGGCUCGACGGGCUGAGGCUGCGGACAAUCUGCUUGGGAUGGGCAGAGUCCUCAAUGCCGGCGUCAAAGUCCAUCAUGGCGUGGUCCUCCUCGUCGAGGUCCAUGUCAUCGUCAUCGGCGGUCGGAGUGAGGAAGUAGGUAAGAGGGUCCUUGUCGAUAUCUUCGGGCAGAGGCUCGCUCUUGGCCGAGACGCUUCGAGAAAGGACGAUUUUGGUGGGCGGCCAGGAGUCCCGGCGCGCCGAUGUGUUGAAGCCAAAAGACAUUUUGUUAUUCAGAUGCCUUGCUUUCUUGUUUAGCUUUUCCUUUCUGCCAGCAAACAAAAAAUGAGGCUUUGGGGGAGAAGAGCUGUGCUCUGGGGGUUUCUAUCCCAGCUUCACGAGGGGGACGAGACGGCCAACUAUAUAUUAAUGAGGAAGAGUGUAUUCAGUAACAAGGUCAGAGAUAGAUGAGACUUUGGGGGCGGCUGGUUUCGAUCAGGACCAAAAGAAAAAAGUGGCUGAUGAGCUCUGAGCAAAUGUCUUGCUCGACAAUGAGGGCGACGAGACAAAUAUAUAAAACUUCCGACAUCACCAGCGCCAAGACAGGCUCCUACUUAAACGGACGCACCGCACGCCACUCCCACCUCUCAGCCGCGCGAUUGCGUACCCCCGCCUCUUGUUCCAUUGGUCACGUCCUCGAAUAGCGCAGGUGGGCGAACACUGCCCGUGUGAGACUGGUGUGGUGGAGAGGCAGCUGGUGCUGGCUGCACACCAGGCAGCCCAAUAUGGGAUGGGUAAUGAUGGGCUGUAGCGCCCCCCUAGUCAAGAGACCUAUCAUAACGGCAGGCUGCCGAGUGGUUCGGCGAGUGACGCCAUGUUUUGCGGCGGCGACAUUUAGCCCUAGCCCCAGAGAGUGACAGGGCUACCGCAAGCGCACCAGUUUGCCCGUUUGGUAUCUUUUUCUUCUUUUCCUUUUACGAGGAGUCAUACGCUUUGCCGUGUGAUUCGGCAAGACCGUCAAUAGAAAUAAAUGGUGCCCGUUUGAAAAAACAGGCAUGCCUGCUGCGGAUGGUGUCGCGUUGCACCCGCC